GGUCUACCCUCAUCAUGGACGAUGAUAAUUCUGUAGAUGAGAGUGACAAAAGUGAUUCAGACAUAAUAAAGGAGUGCGAAAUACAAAUGAACCAAAUUCUUGACAGCAGAUUAGAAAAAUUUUCGGAGUUGGAAAAAAAUGAAAUUAGGUUAGAAAAAAGGAAAAAAUGUGACGAUGAUACGAAUAGUGAAGAAGGAUUUGUUGAAGUCAGUAGAAGGAAAAAACGUCUGCUGAGAAGUUUUUCCAAUAAUAUAGCAGGGGGAAAUUUAACUAGAUCUGACGAGAUAACGAAAUUUGAAGUUUGUAUAACCUCCAAAAAAGAAUUACCAAAACAAAUGGCUUUAGCGAAAUUAUUACGUAAUGAAAAUAUAUGUAAUGUCAACCGGAUAAAAUAUAAAUCACCUUUUAAAGUUUUUAUUUGCUUUGAGAAAGAUACAGACGCUACGAAGUUGAUCGAAAAUGAAAAUUUUAAAAAACUCGAGUAUAAUUGUCGGAAAACUUUAGAAUCCAAUAUAGUAUAUGGAAUAAUAAGGGGUGUAGACUUAGAAUUUUCAGAAGAAGAAAUAUUUGGAAUUUUGCGAAGCGAUAUUAAAAUAUUAGCUGUUAAAAGACUUAAACGUUUAGACUAUAGCGGGAAAUGGGUAGAAAGUGAAAGUGUCAGGAUAUGUUUUGAAGGCAAAUCACUACCCAUAUAUGUGACCGCAUUUGAUUGCAAUUUCAAUGUUGAAAAUUAUAUUUUUCCUGUAACGCAAUGCUCGGGGUGCUGGAAAUUUGGUCAUAUGAUCAAAGUAUGCCCGAUUAAGAAAAUAUUAUGUCCAAAGUGUGGAAGUACAGAACACAAUAAUUGCGACUUAAAAACUUUCAAAUGCCUUAACUGCAAAGGUCUACAUCUGGUUUUAGAUAGAUCUUGCCCAAUUUAUCGUAAAGAAAAAGAAAUACGUCUUGUUAUGAGCAAAGAUAAUGUUCCAUAUAAAAUAGCUCUUGAGUUAGUCAUGGAUAAUAGUCAAAAAGAAAAUUCGCUAAGACCCACUCAACCAUUAGAGAUAACAUCCAAUCUAACUGAAGCUACUUAUCAGCCGACAUAUAGUCAAGUUGUGGCGCGUGCACACAUCCAUAGAGAGGAAAAUAUGGGAAACAAACUAGAUAGAAACAUAGAAAAUAGUCAGAAAAAGGCAAAAACAAAGAAAUCGAGGAAAUAUAAAAUCAAUGAAAACCAAGUUGAGAGUCUCGGAGAAAAUACAAUGGAAGAAGAGGAACACAGUUCAUCUGAUAUUGAAGAACAUAAAAAAAGAAGAUUUGAUUUGAAGAAACUGUUAGCCAAUGUAUUUAAUAUAUGGAGGUCAAUGAAUAGUUCUAUUGAGAAGAAAAUAAGUGCAGUGAUUGUGGCAAUUUUUGAAGAAGUGAAAGUAUUUGUGAGUGAUUUCUUUUCGGGAAGAAAAAUUUUAGAGACAAUUUUAGAACUCUUUAACAUUAGUAAUGGUUAAUACUAGUACAAAUAAUAUUCGCAUAAAUAUUUUGCAAUGGAAUGCGCAGAGUUUAAAACCAAAAUUAGUUAGUUUUCAAGAACUCCUCCUAAAGGAAAAUAUUCAUGUAGCUGUAUUGAGUGAGACUUGGUUAAAUUCAGAAGAUAAUGUACGUAUAAGAGAUUAUAAUAUAUACAGGAAAGAUAGGAAUGAUUCCUAUGGUGGGGUAGCAAUAAUAGUACAUAAGUCUAUUAGAAGUGAACUUAAAACGCUACACUUGCAUAACUCAGACAUAGAAAUUAUAGGCGUUUUUCUAUAUAAUUGUCAGUAUGUAAAAAACAUUAUCUCAGUGUAUUGUCCAUCAUCAACUAGUACACAGUCAUCUGACUGGGAUGAACUUUUCGCCCUUUUCCCAAAAAAUACGCUGAUAUGUGGUGACUUUAAUGGCCAUUCUAGGAACUGGUCGUCUAGAUCAGACUCUAGGGGUAGUCAACUUUUAGACUCUUCUUUGGAAAAUGAUUAUAGUUUUUUGAACAAUGGCUCACAAACUCGAGUUAAAUUAGUUAAUGGGAACCUCCAACAGACAUCACCAGACAUAUCAUUUAUUUCUAAUGACAUUGUAUUAAGCUUUGACUGGCAUGUUAUUA